AUGCCAGAGGCACCCGACGCGACGGUCGCCGCGCCGGCCACCGUGCCGGCCGCUGCCUGGCCGCCGCGGCCCGGCAGCGAGGAUGCCGGGGAGGCGGCGGGCGCGUGCAGCCGGCAGGAGUCGUUCACCUGCUGCGCGCGCCCGCCGGCCGCGCCCGCAACCUGGCGGCGGCGCGGCGAACUGCGCUUCGCUCACGGCCGCACGCCCGGCAGCCGCCAGCCGUCGCCGGCGGAGGAGGACGUGGCGAAGAACGGCGGGCCCGGCGUACCCGUGGGCAUGGUGGGGCCGGGCGGCGGACCCCAGGGCAAGGGCGGCGGUCCCCAAGGCGGCGCGGGCCAGCCAGGGCCCGACGCUACCACCGAUCUGAACCACCACGCGCUCAACCACCACGCUCUCGCCAACCACCAUCCGCUGGCAAACCACCACCCGUCGCCGCACCCGCAGCAGCUGGCCCCGCACCUGGACGCCGUGGCGGCCCGCGGCAGCAGCGGGCCGCAGCCGCGGCCGCCGCCGCCGGCGCGCAUCCGUUCGACCACGUGCUGA